AUGGACAAAAUUAAUGAGUAUUGGAAGUCAACAGACAAGAAUAUGAUGGAUUACGUAAUUGACAAUAAGCCUUUUCCUCAUAAGCAUACUAUUAUGAAAGUUGAUGAUAUUUAUGGAAUCAGAAUGUUUACUCCAUCGCAAAUUUUUCAAUCAACAGAAGAGCCAAAAAAUAAGAACGUGCGUUAUUUGAUCACUAAUCAGAAGAAUGAACGAGCUAGAUCGUCUGCUUAUAAAGAUUCACGUGGGGUUUGGAAAUUUAGUGGCAAAAUCGAUUCGAUUUUCGAUCCUAACAAGAGACUUCUGGGGUACGUUAAAAUUUCACGGUGGUUCUAUUAUUACGGUGAAAAGAAUAAGAGAAUCAUAAAGAGUGAGUGGCAUAUGAGAGAGUAUUAUGUUACGCCUACAAUUAAUUCUCGAUGCAACGUUGACAAAAAGGGUGUUAUAUUUGUCAUGAUGUUUAAGAAUCAGAAACGAAAUGAUAAUGAUAAUAAUAUUGAUCAAGAUGAUGAGACGCCAGGUCAACUUGAUGAUCAUCAAGACUUUGUUGCUAAUCAGAUUACUCAAUCUUUACAAGGCAUUCACCUUUAA